AUGCCGCAAGAUACGGGGCAUAGUCCUGUUUCAAGCGAAGACUCACCAUCACGCUCCAUAUCGGCAAUUAAUGUAAGACGUUCUUCAUCUGGCCCGAACUUAAAUAAACUCAACUCUUAUCCAUUGCCUGAGUCUAGGAAGCACUCUGGUAGUGAGGAAAGAGGCAGUGCCAAUAGUUUAACUUUACAGUCACUUUACACUGCUAGAUCCUCCCUGAGUAACAUUUCCAACGGUUCUUCGCUUGGUUCCACAACGAACGAAGUUCCGAAUGAAAGUGUACCAACGUGGAAAACAUCAGUACGAAGGAUUGUGAGUGUAUUAAACUUGGUGCCAAAAGAAAAAAGUGAUCUCGAAAAAGAAGAGGACCGAAAACUACGAGAAAAAGACAUGUAUCUCACUCGCCCAGCUAUUUGCCGUCAACCGAUUAAAUCAAUUUCCCGGUUUUGCAUUUCACUAAGCGGUUGCGGCUUCCUUGGAUCUUACCAUUUUGGUGCAGUCAACUGCUUUUUAAAAAAUGGAAAGCAUGUCAUAUCUCGAUUGGAUAGAGUAAGUGGCGCUUCAGCUGGUAGUUUAGUUGCCUCACUUUUGGUACUUGCUCCGGACAAGCUCGAUCAAGCUUUGAACGUUUUAUUUGAAUUAGGAGAAGAACUCAUGAAGUUGAAUUUUGGUGCACUUACUCCUGGCUACUGUUUAAAUAAAAAAUUAAUCAAAAUUGUCGACGGUUUCUUGCCUCAGGACAUUUCGCCUGCUCAGGAGAGGUUAUACAUAUCAGUUACAUUAAGAAAAGAACGCAAAAAUAAACUUAUUUGUCGGUUUUCGAGCAGAGACCAAUUACUGACGUGUCUGAUGGCGAGUUGCUACAUUCCUAUGUACUCCAUGGGUUAUGCGGCGGAACCACCCAAUAUAAAUGGUGAAGCUUGUAUUGAUGGAGGAUACACGAAUAAUUUGCCAGAUUUCGAGGACAUUCGAACAAUAACGGUGUCACCGUUCUCCGGUCAUGCUGAAAUCUCACCAAGGGACGAAGCAAAUUUUUUUGACUGGAAAAUGACCGUCAGUAACCAAAUAAUGAACGUCAACCUACAAAAUAUUGUUCGAGGAGCGCAAGCACUAUUUCCUCCGUCAAGAACUGUACUACAAAGUUAUUUUGAUUUGGGCUAUAAGGAUACUCUUAAGUUCCUUAUAAAACACGAUAUUGUGCAAAGGCCGGAAGGAACAGAAGUUUAG